GAACUGUACCACGAGCAGUGCGACUUCGUUUGCAUAAUGUUCGCCUCGAUACCAAACUUCUCCGAGUUUUACGUGGAGCUCGAGGCGAAUAACGAGGGCGUCGAGUGUCUCAGACUGUUGAACGAGAUCAUCGCCGAUUUCGACGAGCUGCUCGCCGAGGAACCGUACAAAUACAUCGAGAAGAUCAAGAGCACGGGGGCCACGUACAUGGCCGCGUCCGGAUUGACGAGGAACAGCUGCGACAUGAAAGAUUACAAACACGUGACAGCGAUGGCGGACUACGCGCUCAGAAUACGCGAACAGCUGGCCUCCGUUAAUGAACACAGCUUCAACAACUUCCGGUUGCGUGUGGGCAUCAAUAUCGGACCGGUUGUGGCCGGUGUGAUAGGCGCUCGAAAGCCGCAAUACGACAUUUGGGGGAACGCGGUGAACGUGGCCUCGAGAAUGGAGUCAACAGGGGUGUUGGACGGGAUUCAGGUGACAGAGGAGGUUCGGGACAUCCUCGCGGCCAAAGGAUAUCCGCUCACCUGCCGCGGCAGCAUUCAGGUGAAGGGCAAAGGUAGCAUGGUCACCUACUUCCUCGAUGGUCCUCGCGAUUCGACCAAGACCAACAAUAUCCACAGCAAUACCAACGAAGAGAAGAUUGUCUCCGUCACGAAUGGCAAUUUGGACGCUCCUGUUUCGACGAACGUCACUGUUUGAAGGACCAGGUAGAUCUGUAUUUAUCAAAAACUUUCCCCUUGCGGGAGAGAAAAUAACUGGACGGAUGCGAUCGGUUUCUCUCGAAUUAUUACAAUGGAAACUGAUCGGGAAAGAUUUGAAAGAAAACGUCGAAUCGAGUUUGACGGAGGAAAUGAAAAUUCAAAGAUCGACGAGGGAGAAACUCUCGAACAAGUUUCGAGAUAGAAUUUGAAAAAAAGAUUUCAACGAGAAGGGAGAAGUUUAAGCUGUAAAUUGAAAAUUCAAGUCGAAACAGAAAUUCCAAGGGAAACCUUCAAUGGGGAUUGAAGAAGACACAGAACAAAUGGUGCAAGAUUCGAUUAUGCAAGCCUCCGUUUUUGUCCGAUCUCGCGAUCGAUGAUCGUCUCUGCCGUCCCCGUACAGCGGUGAAUAUCGAUCUCUGAAACUCGUCAAGUAAUCGUAAGUUGGAAAAGGGGAAAUCCGUGGAAAGCUGAAACUCAGACUUCCCCUCAGCGUGUGUGCGUAUCUCGCCACUACUAGCAUAAUGGGCCAAGUUGACUCGUAUCGUACUUAAGCUGUAUCUCGCUAUUCUAUCUGAUUAGCUGUUUCGGUUCUAUUCUAUCCCGGGGGAAUAAUCCUUCCAAGCUGACAGCCACAUCAAUUUGCAAACUCUGUUAACGAGUACCUAACUCUUUAUUAGUCUUAACGAUUCUCGCGUUGGAAGUAUCGUUCGUAGAACGCGGUCGUUUGAAGAAGAAGAAGAAAAAAAAAA